AACCCUGCUUCCUCCCCCCUUAAACCCGCACCCAUAACCCAUUAAAUCGGACCACCGAUCAAUACGCCGAACAGGCGAACUAGACCACGUCGGCGCACCACAGUCCUCGGCUAGAAGCUUCAAUACAGAGAAAGAUGCCACACAAAACCCGUCCUAUGGCAGCACUUUUGCUAUUUACUGGACUCAAUGUUGUUUUGGUGUCAACAAUCACUCCUGUCUAUGAUUUUGUCUGCUUUCUCCCAUAUUGGGAGCGAAGGAGAGAACGUCUGCGUGUAGAGCGUGAGACUACUCCUGCAAAGGCUUCAACUUCAGGAUGAACUAACAGGAAGAAUCCUCCCAAGUCCAUGAAAGAGCUUCCUUUUUGGUUGCUAGUGAUGAUGGUCCUCACUCCCUCUUGGCAGAUGCUCUCAAUUUCCUUUCUAUUUUCUUAAGUUGGUUUUCGAAACAUCCCGGUUUCUAAUGAGUUGGACUAAUCAGAAAACCGAAAAUGAAAAGGAAGUAGACAAUGGUUCUGCUGAUUUCUGUUAUGCGUAGGACAAUGAUUAUGGAAGUCGAGAGGUAAAUAGUUGGGAUCUUAUGAGAAUAAAUGACGGUAUCUUUAUACUGUGUAAAGAUUGUAAACCUUACAUCAUCUUUAACUGUGUGUUGCAAAGGUAUCUUUAUACUGUGUAAAGAUUGUAAACCUUACAUCAUCUUUUACUCCUAUGCUACAAUAACAUUGUGAGUCUUGAAAUAGUCUUUAUGCAUAAGGCCAAAUAACCUUAGGAAAGUGAGUUGAGGUCCACCUUUUUGCAUUGCACCUUUGAAUGGUCCAAAGGUGUAGGGUUUCUUACCGUUGGUUCUCUGGUGGUAUACUUGAAUAAACAGGCAUGGUUUGAAUCUGGCGGUCGUAGUGUGGGAGUUAUGAUUCUUUUUAAUAUUGGACUGUUAAGCUGAUCACCUAACGUAUUGUUGUGUAUCUGAUUUGCAUUUUACAUGAUUCUCUUGGUGGUUACAAACCCUUUUUUGCACAAACACUAUUUAUGUUUAUAAUAUGUAUGUUGGUUUUAUUACUUGAAGAAGGCAAACAAUAGUUGAGAGGGUGACUUUUACUUUCUUUCGAUUGAUGGAUAAUUGUCGACCCAUUAAGCGAAAAGUUGAUGGUUGUUUCUUUGGAACUGGUGGUCCAUUUGUUGAAAUGACGAAAUCAACUUGAGUGGUCAUGUUUUUAUCAUGUGGGAGCACUUCUGCUUCCGGUACACGGGAAAUUGCCAGCUUUGGUUUUGGAAUAUUAAACGAGAUAUGAAUUCCAAAA